UUUGUACGAAAAAUUGACUCGUAGACGACUUGUGCAAUCCAAGGAUGGGACUUAAGAAACAAGGUGGGCAUUUUCCUCUAUAAAUGUGAGAGAACUUUGCUCAUUACUCUCGCCAAGACUUGCCGGAACCAGUUGUAUUCAAUAACGAAACCAAGUUGGUUCAUCUCGCACUUUGAACCUUGAGCUGUUUCUGCUGGUUUGAUCCUUUUUUUAAACAUCAGAGGGGAGAAGGAAGUUGCAUAUAUGGCAGCAAACACCGACCAAGAAAUUGCUCCACUUAUUGAAAACAACGACCAACCCCAAGAUUUGGAAAUUGAUAUCCCUAAAGAAGACUAUGAGCCUGCUCCUGAGUGUUGUAUUUACAAGGUCCCUAGUCAUUUUCGUGAAGCAAACCGAAAAGCCUACACUCCGCAGUUGAUUUCAAUAGGGCCUAUUCAUCAUGGUAACACAAAUUUGGCUCGAAUGGAGAGGCAAAAGCAGAGAUAUUACAACAAAUUUUGUCAAAGGACUUCCAAGAAGACAUUGGAAGAAUUUAAGAGCUUUAUCAAAGCGCAUGUAAGUGGUAUAUGCAGGUGUUAUGAUAUCGAAUUUGCCUUUGAUCUUGAAUUGAAGGGUUUUAACUUUGAGAAGAUGAUAUUAUUUGAUGCAAUUUUUAUCAUCGAGCUAUUCCUGAGGAACUUUGAAGAAGUCAACGACGAUUUUUUAUUCUCUAAAGUAUGGUUAAGAGCUAAACUUGAAACGGAUUUGCUAUUACUUGAAAAUCAACUCCCGUUCUUUAUCCUUGAAGCUUUAUAUAACCUAGCUUUUGUUGCCUCUAAUUAUCCUUCUUUUUUCUAUCUUACUUGCUUGUACUUAAGACUCGAGCAAGAUCAAACAUUCAACAAAAAAGGGAUUAAACACUUUUUAGAUUUAACUAGAAGCAUUUUAGUGAGAACUUGUCCCUCAAACUCAGAUGAGAGAACCGACCGCAUGUACAAUGCAACGAAGUUGCAUGAGGCCGGUGUCAAGUUUAAAGCUACUGGAGAUGUUGGAGAUGAUUAUGUUCUAGAUGACUUGCUUAACGUAAAAUUUGAGGAAGGAGUGCUACAAAUCCCAUGUUUUUAUGUGGACUAUGAAACUGAGACUUGGUUUAGAAACCUUAUGGCUUUCGAACAAUGUCACUAUCCAAAAGUGCCUUGUUUUUGUAGUUAUAUUGUACUACUAGACCAUCUUGUUGAAACUGAUAAAGAUGUGGAUUUAUUGAUAAAGAAAAAGAUUCUUAUUAAUGAAAUGGGAAGUAGUGCAGCUGUGACAACUAUGAUUAACAAUCUCCAUACGGGAGUUGCAUCACUUUCUAUGUGCUAUGACAAACUGGCAAAGGAUUUAAACGAGUAUUAUGAUAAUUCUUGGAAUCGUAGAUGUGCAACUUUGAAUCAUGUCUAUUUCAACAAUCUUUGGAGAGGAACUGCGACUGUUACUGCUUUCAUUGUGGUAGUACUUACUCUCACACAAACCGUAUUAGCAAUCUUGGAACGAGCAAUGCCUACAAAAUAAAUACUUUUACUUGGUUGCAGUGUUCGAUUCAAUGUAAAAUAAAAUAGUUUUAUGUGUGUUAGUUAAUGUUUGUUUUGCACUUUUUCAGUUUAUUUACCUUUUCACUUUGAGUGAAAAGAGACUUUGGUUUCAAUCGUUGUUGCCCUUAUCAUGUACUCGUACUAUUAAUGAACAAUUGUGUGCCUAUUAGAUUUUGUCAUAUUUUUAUA